CUCCUUUCCCCACCCUUCGGGCAGAGAUCAUGUCCAUCCUUCUCCCUCCAGCACCGCCACAGGAGCUCUCCCCCGAGCCAACCGGGCCAACAGCGCCAGAGAGCAGUACAGAGGCACAAGUCCCGCCCGAAACGAGCGAGCCCACGGCAUCUGAAGCAGCCGCAAAUGAGGGCGAAAAGGGUCCGCACAAUGGCGUACCACCGCCCCCUCCCCCCCCACCGCCGCCCCCACCCCCUCCCCCACCCGCAGUCGUCACUGACUACACCGGUGGGCAGCAGAUAGACAGACAUGAAACAUGUGGCCUGAUGGGGGCUUGGGUGGGUAUCAUGCAUGUAAGUGGCGUGUGUGUAUGUGUUUCAUUCAGGAAUGACCUAUGCCAUGUGAUCGAUGGAUCGAUCGAGGCAGCGAGUAGAUGAAGCGGCAGGGCCUUGGCAGAUAGACAGCCGUAGCUAGCCUGUUUGAGCACAAGACGCUGCGUUGUCUUAGUGUGGAAGAGGCAUGGCAUGCGCUUGUGUGCCCUUAGUGCACCCACUCGUGUAGGCCGACAGACAGACAAUUGACAGUAGAUGAAAGAGUGAGUGACUCGAUCCUGAGUGGGA